AUGGCCCCCGCCGCCGUCUCCCCCGGCGUCCAGGACGUCGAUCUGACCUCCUCUGCCAUUGAGCGCAAGCUUGACGCCCUGCCCGUCAAGAAUGGCAGCGCCGUCGGCGUCAGCGCCGACGCAAAUGGCAAGAAGGUCUCCCAGCCCGCCGAGCUCGACGCCUCCAAGCUCGUCUUCACCCGCAACACCAACCCCCGCGCCGUGCCCUCGGAGGCUGUCGCCAACUCGGGCACCGAGACCAUCUGCACCGACCACAUGAUCACCGCUACCUGGAAUGCCACCACCGGCUGGGCCGCCCCCGAGCUCAAGGCUUACGGCCCCCUCUCACUCAUGCCCACCGCCUCCGUCCUCCACUACGCCACCGAGUGCUUCGAGGGUCUCAAGUGCUACCGCGGCGAGGAUGGCCGCCUUCGCCUGUUCCGCCCGAGCCUCAACGCCGCCCGUAUGCUCAUGUCGACCCUGCGCAUCUCUCUCCCCGCUUUCGCGCCCGCCGAGCUCGAGAAGCUGCUGCACGCUCUGCUCGCCGUCGACGGCCCCAAGUGGCUGCCCCGCGACCGCCCGGGCUCCUACCUCUACAUCCGUCCCACCAUGAUCGGCACCCAGUCCCAGCUCGGCGUCCAGGCCCCCUCCGAGGCCAUGCUCUACAUCAUCGUCUCCUUCAUGCCCCGCAUGGACUCGCCCCCCGGCGGCAUGCGCCUGCACACGUCCCCCGAGGACCAGGUCCGCGCCUGGGUCGGCGGCUUCGGCUACGCCAAGGUCGGCGCCAACUACGGCCCCUCCCUGGCCGCCACCGUCGAGGCGCGCAAGCGCGGCUUCGGUCAGAUCCUCUGGCUCUACGGCGAGGACCAGCUCUGCACCGAAGCCGGUGCAAGCAACUUCUUCGCCGCUGGAAGACCAGCAGGCCCCUCCAUGAUUGAGCUCCGCCUCGCCGGUCAGGUCGACGUUGUCGAGCGCAAGUACUCCAUCGACGAGGUCAUCGAGCCCGCCCCGAGGGUCGCCUUCUCGAGUCCUUUGCCACCGGCACCCGCCUACUUUGUCUGCCCCAUCUCCCUCAUCCACCACCGCGGCAAGGACAUCAACAUCGGCAUGGGCUCCGGCGAGGGCGGCGAGCUCACCCUCAAGCUCAAGGGCUACAUGCGCGACAUCAUGUACGGAGGCGAGGAGCACGAGUGGGCCGUCACCGUCCAGGAGGAGCAGUAA